AUGUUCUUCGAGUUGGUGUUGGCGCUCAUUGGCCUGUACAUGAUCCUGUCUUUCGUUCUCCUGCGAUACCCACAACUUCUGCAUAAGCGGCGAACUCCGGCAUUUAAGGCCGCUAUGAUUUGUCAUCGUGGAGGCUCCGGGGAAUUCUUGGAGAACACUAUGGAUGCAUUUUCUGGAUGUGUGGAACUGGGCUGUGAUCUUAUUGAGCUCGAUUGUCAGCUGACUAAAGACGAGCAGGUUGUUGUCAGCCAUGACAACGAUCUUUCCCGGGGGACAGGCCAAAAGGUCUGCGUCUCUGAUCUCGACUUCAAGGACCUCCCCGAGUACUCGGCCUCCGUGAAAGUGCAGUUUGGCUUUGGUGAAGAACAUCGCGUGAAACCAGGUGCCUCUCGUCGUAUACCUAUGCUGAGGAGCGUUUUCGAGGCCUUUCCAACAGUGCCAAUCAAUAUUGACGUUAAGGUGGACAAUGAUCUCUUAAUCCGCAAGGUACUUCCUUUUUUACCGGCUUUGCUUGUUGCACAUAAUCCUUUUACGUCACUCAAUGACCGCUGUCAAUCACAACGGCCUUCAAAACUGGAGCUUAGUGGGUGA